AUGGCUGUCAAGAUUGCAGUGCCAACGCCCAUCUUGCUACGCCUUGCGCGUAAGCAAAUUUCGACCCAAGUUGCCCCGAGACGCCUGUACAGCAGUAGAGCCCCGACAGUGGCCGUCUUGUUCCAGGAUAUUGAUCCUCCGGUCAUCAAUGGUGUCCGCAAACCUCGCAAACCAGGCGGAUAUCAGGACUCCGGGGCGGACAUUGCCUACACUCUCCAGUCCAAGGGCAUCAAGAUCAUCACUCCCGAGCCGUCACCACAAGUGUCUAAACAUGAGGGCUGGUGCUUUUCUGAUACAGAAGAUGGCAUUCUCAUGGCCAUCCGAAACGGCGCUACACAUUUAUGGGCCAAUACUAUCCUCUUUGGUUCACACCCUCUACAAACGUCCCAGAAGCUGACGCCACAAGCGUCGGAGAUCUUCGUCGUGGGACAGCCCCCUGCGCUCGUAGAGAACUGCGACGAUAAAGCGUUUCUAAACGGGAAGCUGCGCGAGCUCGGGGGCUAUACUUUGCCAUGUUUUUGGUUAUUAUCAAAAUCCAAUAAUCUGGACGAAUUUGUCCAUUCCAUAGACAGGUUCCCUGUUGUAGGGAAACCAGUCCGGGGUCGUGGAAGCCACGGCGUCAAGCUAUGUCACGAUCCAGCGCAGUUGAAGCAACACGUCGAAACCCUUCUAGAGGAGUCGCCUCUCGUGAUGGUGGAGGAGUAUCUGACCGGAGAGGAGGCCACAAUUACCGUCAUGCCUCCAUCGCCUGAGCGCCGAGAAUACUGGAGUAUGCCGCCCGUAACUAGAUUUAACCACGCCGAUGGCAUCGCUCCGUACAGUGGCGUAACCGCGGUAACCGCCAACUCCAGGGCCGUGACAGAAAAGGAGAUGGAGGAUCCAGCCUAUGGAACUAUUAUGGAGGAAAGUAAGAAGGUAGCUCAGCUUAUCAGGGCCACAGCGCCUAUCCGCGUUGAUGUCCGCCGCUUCUCGGAGAGCUCGAACUUCGCCCUUUUCGAUAUUAAUAUGAAGCCGAACAUGACUGGGCCCGGUCGUCCAGGCCGGGAAGAUCAAGCAAGCCUGACGGCGAUAGCUGCUGCUGCAAUGGGUUGGGACUACGGAACCCUCCUUCAGAAGAUCCUAGCGGGCGCUCAACCCCUGAGCGUCUUCCGCGACUAUCGCAGUCCGUUCUGA